CUAGAGGCUACAUAUCCGCGGAUGAACUACAACAAAUUAAACUAUUUAUCUGAUUGUACGCUAUAUUUAUAUGUUUUAUCGCCACGAGAAAAAAAACAAAGAAAAAUGACCUAAAUUGUGAAGCAGGAGUGUAUAGAAAUAGGUGAUGGAGAGCUAUGAGGAGUUCUGUUUGAAGAGCCUAGCUCACGUGCACGCGGAGAGUGGGUGCAGCGCGCGACACGGCCACGCGGAGGCGCGAUCCGCCAUCCGAUUCCACGGCAGGCACGCGCUUCUGCCCAGGCUCAGUGAACAGCAGCGUGUCGAGAUGGCUGAACAGAGACAGACAGCAGUGCAGAGAGAGUGUGAGAGACACACAGUGAGACUCAGGUCUCUGCUCGAUCGAGUGCAGGAUGUCAUCAAACACGUACAGUUGCAAAAGGUGCAGGGUGAUGAGCAGGGUGAUGAGCAGGGUAAUGAGCAGGGUGUUAACCAGACUGUAGAAGCCCCUUGGUCCAAAAGAACACAACUAGAGGAGCAGCAACACAGCAGCCACUUCUUAAACCGUACUGCACUGCGGAAAAAGACACUACUGCUCCUGAACAGCCAGAUGGAGAGAAUGAGGAAAGGAGGAGAGGAAAAAGGAGAGGAAGAGAUUCAGCCAAGCUGUAUUGGAGAGAUUGGAAUAGGAAAUGAGGAUUUGGGAUAUGCAGAGAUGAAAAGUGGCAAGAAAAAGGAAAAGGAAGAGCCUGACUUUGAUGGGGAUUGUAGCACUGAUGCUGAUUCAAGAUCACCUGACCUAUCGCUGACUGGAUUUUCUAUUUGUUCCAGUAUAAUGGACUCUUAUAUUCCGUUACCGAGUCCACCCAAACCCCAUUCAUGCCAAAUGCCCAUCUCUGUUUCUGUUAACAAGUCAGACGUCCAUCCUCAUCAUUUUAAUGAAACUUUUAAAAACUCCAAGAGAGGAGCAACAAUUUCAACAGAACAGUCAAGUUUAUCAGCGUCUUCUGCUGUGGACUGGAACUGCCGCUGCUCAGACCUAUCCAAGACUAGCUGUAAUUUAAUCAUCUCUUCCACUCCCAGAAGCUUAACAUCCCAGAGACCAAUCAGCAUGCUAAACACAACCCAACCAGGUCUCCUUAAGAUAAAGAAAACCCAGGGUAAUCACUCCGCCACCCAUAAGCGCUUCCCUUUAGCUCCACUCAACCAGUCCUACGAUGUGGAGAGUCCGUCCCCGACACUGGAUCAUCUCAGGCCACAGAUCAGAUCAGCCUCUGAGGCCUCAACCUUCAUCAGACACAGUCUGGAGCUGGGAAGACUUCCAAAGCACAGAAUGAAACAGGAGGAUGUGGCUGCAGCAGAUAUCCUCCAGAAUGAAGCAGUAGGUAAUAUCCAGCUAGAAGAAACAUCAUGUGAGCGUGUGAAAGAACAACACACUCUCCAACUCUCUGACAUUCCCAAAACACAGGAACAGGAAACACGACAGUUUCAGGAGCAGCAGAAGGCGGCAUGUUGUCUAACCGCUGCAGCCCGAGGUUUCCUCACACGCCAACUUCUCCGGACCGAGAAAAUGAAACAGUUGAACAAAACCAUUCAGGACUCCAGAGAGGUCAUUCGAUUUUUUCAGACAGAUACACACCAAAGAAGAGCUUCCUUCUUUAUGCAGGAUCUCAAACUGCAGCACCGAGUCAGAGCACAGGUGCAUGCCGCUGUGUGUGAGAUACAUGAGAUCUUUUUUGUGUGGCCUGUGAGAGACAGAAUAGCUUUACUGCAACAGGACCGAAAGCUCCACAGUGAGAGGAGAGUGAAAAAAAAGGAAAAAGCUAAGAGGGAACAGAACACACCUCGCCAGUCCUCUUGUACCCAGAAUGCCUUGUGCCGGAUGAGACAGAGGGUUCUGCAGCCAGCUCAGAGCCAGAAUACACCAAUCAUCUCUCGGACACUCAAACCAGCGAAAGCGAUGAGGAAGACCACAGCUUUCCGAGCUCCUCAGCCCCCGAGCUGAAUGUCAGUGACCAGUGUAACACCACCUCAAGUGCUUAUAGGUCAAAUCUAUCAAAUUAUAAUGAUAAACUAGACUAGCCUUUAUCUCCUAGUGUCCUUUUAGUUAUCUUUAGUACUAAAUUUCCAGGCACUCCAUUGAAUUAGGUGAACGCAUAUGCUAUUAAAGCUACAGGGUCUUAUGGUUAUGACACUGAUGAUGAAGCUAAUUAGACAAGUUAGAUUAGAUGUAUUGGCAUUACAAUCAAAAUAUGUAUGGAAGACAAAGAAGUAGUACUAUUUUAAGAUCUCACUAUGUCCAUAGUAAGGAUGUACGUGAAUGCAAAUAUGUUAUUUGGAAUAAACAGUUUGAUACUUAUACACUAGCGCUCAAAAGUUUGGGAUCACUUGCAUAUUUCAGCUACGGAGGAAGACUCCAUCAGCCAAUUCAUCUUGUGGGAGAUGCUCCAGGAAGCAUGGGGUGAAAUCUCAUCAGGUUAUCUUGAAAAAUUGACUGCUAGAAUGUCCAGGCUAUCAGCAUGUCCUGUUGUUUUACUAUAUUUUCCUAUUCAGACUGAUUUCGUGUGUGUUUCCUUGGAAAACGAUAACAUUUUUGAGUGAUCCCAAACUUUUGAGUGAUAGUGUCCAUAUGAUAUAAAAGCACAGCAUCAAGUUUUAAAAGCUUGCCAGAAAGUUUCACAUAGCACCUGGUUGAGAUUAAACUAAAGGGUGUCCAUCAGGAUUGGGAUCCCGGCACAAUGCAACAGAAAUGUCCCAACAGCAGGAGACUUUUACUUUCAGCUCGUUUAGUGGCUGCCUGGUCAGUUUCACAUUAGGCUACCAGUUUAUUUAAAUUUUCCCAAAGUGUUUAACUAAAAUAGCAUGUGUACAAGAUUUUAGAAGCCCUGCACUCAUCUCGUCAAGACCUAUUAUGAAACUCACUUUGCGUUACAUCUCAAUUUUUCAUAGUAUCCUCACUGUGCUAUGGUUUUAAAACAGAUAUCACAUCUAUUCUAUUUAUUUCUAGGCAAAGCAUGCUGAGAUUUAUUCUUUAAAAAAAUGAAAUGUGAUGUACAUUAUUCUCACACAGAGCAACUGUGGGUUAUAUCCCAUAUGAGACCGACCUUUAGAAAGAAUUUUUGAGCAGACACGUCCAGUAUUCCCGGUUAUUCAUGAAGUUAAACUUUGUCGGAUCCUUAAACUGUUCAACAGGGCUGAGAUUUAGGGACUGCGGGGUACUCAAACAGUCAAAAAACCCACUGACAUGUUCCUGGACGUGUCAAAUAAUGAAAUAUAAAUUCUCUAAAUGAUGAUCGAGAGGAUGAUGGAAGCGCUAUAAAGAAAGCCAAAAACACAGUCACAGAGAAUUUAACAUGGGAUAUAGCAAACAAUAGUACAUGGUUCCAAAUGUU